AUGGGUGGCGGCCAGUUUAACUCGGCCUAUGAAAGCACGGGCCAGCCUAGACUUAUCGUACAAAAUGUAAGGUAUCCAAUUCCGCCGGAGAUAAUUGCAUACGCAGCAACAGUUUCCCGUAACGAAAGAAUUAAUGAGAUGGAUGAAUAUGAUCCACAAACGUUAAAAAUAUCAAGGUAUCCAAUUCCGCCGGAGAUAAUUGCAUACGCAGCAACAGUUUCCCGUAACGAAAGAAUUAAUGAGAUGGAUGAAUAUGAUCCACAAACGUUAAAAAUAUCGAUGGUACUGAAGGAUGGAGUUUCGAGGGAGAAUUAUUUAAAGUUCUUUCACUACGUACUAUGGCUUGAAGAACGUCAUAAGUCACAACAGCUAAAGCAGACUAAACUUUGUGGUGUUAAAAUAGAUGAAAUUGAUAAUGGCUACGUUUUGUUUAUCGAUGAAGAUAAGCAGGAGAAUCUUAAUUUACGUGCAGGGGAAGCAAGGAGAGUUAUGUUGGACUCCCGCUCUGAGAAGGGCAGACCUACCAAC